AUGCCUCGUGAUACUAAUCAUUCGUCAAUUUAUGAUGAUCUUAAUCGCGAUGGUUCUCGUCGUCGGUAUGCAUCAAUAUUACCACCAGCAAAUACAAAUAUAAUUGUUGAUGGACAUGUAUUUCAUCUUGGUUCACGUUAUUCUUUACCGAAAAUGAUUGGUUCAGGUGCUUACGGUCAAGUUAUAUCAGCAUAUGAUGCAUUACUCCAACGAAAAGUAGCAAUUAAAAAAAUAAAAUUACCUCAAAUAAAUGCAGUCGAAGCAAAAUUAUUUUAUUCUCGUUCAUUACGUGAAAUAUGUAUUUUAACACCACUUAAACAUGAUAAUAUACUUCAAGUACUUGAUUGUUAUACACCAGCUACAUCAGCUGAACAAAUGCGUGAAAUAUAUCUUGUAACUAAUUUAAUGCGUUUAGAUCUACAUCAACUUAUUAAAAUGAAUAAUAAACGCCCAGCAGAUAAACGUAUUAUUACACAUAGUCAUAUUCCACAUUUUCUUUAUCAAUUAUUACGAGCAUUAAAAUUUAUUCAUUCAGCUAAAGUUUUACAUCGAGAUUUAAAACCAAAUAAUAUUUUUGUCGAUCUUGAUGGUCAUCUACGUAUUGGAGAUUUUGGUCUUGCUCGUGUACCAGAAGAAGAAGCUAAUACACCAAUGACUGGUUAUGUAUGUACACGAUGGUAUCGCGCACCUGAAUUAAUGCUUUGUGAUGGAACAUAUACAUCAGCAAUUGAUAUGUGGUCUGUUGGUUGUAUUCUCGGUGAACUUAUAUUUGGUCAACCAUUAUUUCCAGGUCGACAUUAUUUGGAUCAAUUACGGCUUGUUGUUGAACAUCGUUGUGGUUCAUUAGGUUUUCUUGCUCAUGAACAUAAACUAGCUUAUCCAACAAUAACAGAUAGAUCUCUAAAUGUUCUUCGUCGUGUUUUAUCACAAUGUUCAACUUAUCAUCCAAGACCAUUUUUAUCAUCAGAAACUAUUGUACCUCAUCUUGAUGAAACAGCAUUUAUUUUACUUGAUAGAUUAUUAUUAAUGGAUCCACAUAAACGUUUAACAGCUGAAGAUGCAUUAAGUAGUUCUUUAUUUAAUAAUUAUCGAAAAGAUGCUGGAGGUGAACCAUCAUCUGAAGAAGCAUUUCAACUUGAUCUUAGUCCAUAUCAAUUAUCCGACAUUCGUGCAAUGCUCUUUCAAAAAGUACAACUUGUUCAUCAACAAUUACAUGAUAAAGCACUUAUACUUAAUGAACAAGCAACAAUGGCGGCAAAUAUAAAUGGAGAGAAGAUGGAUUGCUAUUAG